CCAAUCCCCAAUACAAGGCAUUCUUUUUUUUAUAUAAUCCCUUUUCGGUUACCUUUACAUUCCCACCACACCAGAAAAAAAAUUGUUUACCUUUUUGUUUCUUCACCGAUUUCUUAUCCAAAAAUGGCCAUCAGAAAAUCAAACAAAUUGUCACAAGCAGCACUAAUAAAGCAGAUUAUGAAGAGAUGCUCGAGUUUAACGAAGAAACAUGCAGGUUAUGAUGAAGAAGGACUUCCUGUAGACGUCCCAAAAGGGCAUUUUGUAGUGUAUGUUGGGGAAAACAGAAGCAGAUACAUUGUUCCAAUCUCGUUCUUGAAUAAACCUGAAUUUCGGAUUCUUCUGCAACGUGCAGAAGAAGAGUUUGGAUUUGAUCAUGAUAUGGGACUCACCAUUCCUUGUAAAGAAGAUGAUUUUCAGUCUCUGACAUCAAUGCUAAGAUGGAAUUAAUAUAAUGUUAUAAAUAAUUUUCAGGUUACUGCUAGAGAGAGAUCAAGAAGCUGCUGCUUUACUGCUAUAAAUUUUUUCUUUCUAUUUUCAUUUGAACUGUUGACUGGCUAACUCAGAACCCAUUAUCAGAUUUGGGUUUAGAUUGUGUAAAUCUAGGGGAAAAGUUCGGUUUUUCCUUACAGAGAUGUUUGUUUGUACUUGGAAACUUGUUCCCUGUGAGAGUACUUGUUAUGUAAUUUGAUCCCCUCCAAUUUAAA